UCGUAUCUCAGCCCGACUUUUAAGUGGUUGGGGAUAAGACUUGGGAAGUGUACCACUGCUAAGAACCCGCCGCGAGUUUCCCGAUCGAAGAUUUCUUAUACAGAGACAAACGUUUGGUAAUAAGAUCUUCCGAUCGAACGCCGGGGGCGAGGAGGAGAAGAGAAAACCAUCCCCUAAAAAACCCUAGAGAGAAAAAGAGAAAAUGAGCGAAGGCGACGGGAAGAGCCGAGGAAUCACCGACGAUCACUACGGCGUCGGUCAUCACGACCAUCACCAGCAGUACGGGACGUUUCAGGGCGGCGCCCCGGGCUAUCCUCAGCCGGCGAUCGGGUUCCCUCAGCCGGCGCCUCCGCCUGGGGUGGCUCCCCCGACAUCUUAUCCUCCGCCUCCUUAUUCUGCCGGCCCUCCCUACUAUUCCCAUGGUUACCAAUCCGUUCCAGGCUAUGCUACCGUUGCUGAAGGAAGACCUUUAAGAAUGCCACGCCUUCCUUGCUGUGGUAUUGGUAUUGGCUGGUUUCUGUUUAUCAUUGGCUUCUUUCUUGCUGCUAUUCCCUGGUAUGUUGGAGCUUUCAUUCUUCUUUGUGUCAGAGUAGAUUACAGAGAGAAACCAGGGUUCAUUGCCUGCACUAUUGCUGCUAUUCUUGCUGCAAUUGCUAUUCUUCUAGGGGCAACAAAAGGGGCAGAUGUAUGGUGAUUCAUUUACAAGCUGCAGUUUGAAACCUAUACUGUAUAUGUUCACCCAGUAUAUUAAAUUCUGUAAACAAUCAGAAUUUAUUUAUUCAAUAUGUAAGCCGGUGCAGAUGUUUUGUGUGUUAGUAUGAUUGUAAGCAACCAACGACUGAUUAAAAUUCCCAUAUCUACUUCGACUCUGCAAUUGUUUCUUCCGUA